CGCCUUGUACAUCACACAGCCGACGCAUGUUUGUGGUAGUGAGAGCAGUCAUGCCUGUCGCUAGCAGAGUUUAGCUUGUUGGAUGAAUUUGUGUUGUCGGUUCUGGAUCAGAGGCCCGGGUGAAGUUUUGAGGGAUCUGGGUCGGUGAGGUUGCUGGCAGCGCUGAUCUGCUGCGGUGUUGAUCCAACAAUGUGGAGCUUCGGCCGCUUCGUCCUUCAGGAUCUGCUCAGACAUCCUGCUGCUAGGAGCUUCUCUCUGACUCCUGCUCAGCACACGGUUGUAGUGGAGCGAUGGUGGCAGGUCCCUUUGUCCAAAGUGGGCAGUCCGCCAAGGCUUUACCCCCGAAGACACAGAGUCUACAAGAUGGUCGAGGACACCAAACAUGCUCCCAAAGAGAAGAUGGAGCUUAUUCUGACUCAAACUGUAGCAAAACUUGGUGGGAGAGGCGAUACGGUGUGUGUGAGGAAGUCUGUUGGGCGAAAUAAGCUGCUGGCCCAAGGCCUCGCGGUGUAUCCGUCACCGGAGAAUCAACAGAUGUUUGCUGAGGAGCUGAGGCUUUUGCGUGAGGGCAAACCAGAUCAGAGAUUACAAACCAGAACAGGACAACUGACAGUCGAGCUCCUUAAACGUUCCAAACUAAAUAUCAACAAAAUGCCGUGUGAUGAAUUUCAACUCACCAAAGAAGUUGUCUGCAGACAGUUUGAGAAGAAGUUGGGAGUUGUUGUUCCACCUCACGCAUUGAGUCUGCCGUUUGAGCCAAUAAAGGACUUGGGCGACUACUGGUGUGACGUUACAGUUAAUGGAAUGGACACAGUUCGCAUUCCCAUUUCCCUGUUACCACACGAAGAUCAGUCUGCGAUCUACCAGAAGCAGCUGAAGGCGCAACGGAAGUUGGAGGCAGCCGAACGCGCUUCACAGGAUGCCGUCGAGGAGGACGCCGUUUCUGAUGCAGACCAAGCACACGAUGGUAAAGACUCUUUGACAUCACCUGGCCAUACCCAGCAAGGAUCAACGCCACCACCAAGUGAAAACUCAGAUAAAAAGUAAAGGACUCCCGUGAUGGUAUUUGUAUCGGUAAACAAAAAUGCUGUGUGGAAUAAAUCAGAGAGCUCAUGUUCAUUCAA